UAAAUGGAUUGUGUGGUACUAUAACCUGGUCACACUGCUGUGUACAAAACGUGUUGCGGCAAUAUUUACCAAAAUAGCUGAAAGAUGGUUGAACUAGAUGGCUACACAGUGGUUCCCCUGCGGACGGCACCCGACGCCCAACAUUGCCAUAGCAUAUACAUGCGGGAGCACUUCAUUCGCCUGAUGGACCCCAACAAACCAAAGGGCCGCACGCUAUUCCUCCUAAACGUACCACCCUAUGUGACCGAGAAAAGCCUUAAGACGUUCUUCAGCCAGUUGGGGACCAUCGAAGCCGUAGAGUUUGCCGCCAAACCCGGCAAGGAGGAGACUAUAAAAUGGUAUGAGCACGCCCAUGAACCUUUCUCCAACGCACAGCCGCCCUUCGUCUUCAAGGUGGCUUACGUGGUGUUCGAGAAGAGCAGCAGCAUUGGCAAGGCGCUGGCCUUGAAAAGCAUUGACCUAUUCAACAGUAGCGGCGAGUGCACCAUCAAAACUGGCAUGGAGCUCUGGCACGAGGACUACGAAAAACGCUUCCUGCUUAACGCCGAAAAAACAAAGGGGCAGAUUCGCAAGUACAUGAUCGCGUACGACAAAAGAGAACGGGCGGCAGCAGAAGCGGCCAAAAACAGUGAGGCCGAUGCCGACGGGUGGGUGACCGUCGGAAAGGAUGGCCGAAACGCCGGCUUCGAGCAGAAGGAGUCUGUGAUCAAUCGAGUGGAACGCAAAUUGGCGUCGGACAAGAAGACCAAGGAGCUGAAAAACUUCUACACCUUCCAAAUACGUGAGAGUAAGAUGCAGAAUAUCGUCGAGAUGCGCAAGAAGUUCGAGGAGGACAAGCGCAAGAUCGAGCUGCUGAAGCAGUCGCGUCGCUUCAAACCAUUUUAGACCAUACUCUUAGGAUUAAAUCGAAUAAAACUUCUUUAUGAUACACUCACGAAA